CUUGUGUAAUACCACCUAAGUCUCUUUUCAUGGCAAGAUAUCUCCAAUGUCUGCUGCUUUGAAGUUGCUCCCCGUGUAGCAUUUAUUAUGGGUCCUCGCCCAUUUUACCCCAUGUCCAGGGUUCUUAGCGCGAGUGGUAUCGGCAUGUAACGUUUCCCAUUUCCCAGCUACCGAUACUGAACACGACAUCGCGAUAGGUCAGGUCCAAAGCAACGCUCAUCAUUCAAUUUUCUGAUUGUUAUUAUUUCACAUAUUUGAUUGCAAUAGCUACAUUGCUUCACGCUGAGGCACCAUCUCUGUGCGAAAUCCUACCAGUGGACAGUUUCGUUCUCUUUUAUUCGGGUAUCACGUUGACAAAUGAUUACAUUAUGUACUUGCACACUUGGAUCUUGUUUGUGCCUUUAAUAGGGUACUUAAACACAGCGAAUGGCUUUGACAUUAUUGACCAGCAACCGCUCGUAAGAACCCAGCAGAGCGGGGUUGGAUCCGAUAAGGAUGCGUUCAUAGAUGAUUUGAUAGGGAAAAUGACACUCCCUGAUCUUGUCCUUCAGAUGCACCUGAUGUUUGGCGAUGACAUCGUCGGUCCAAACUCGGAUAAUGGGCUUUACGACUAUACCAUGCGAUUCAGCCCAGAAUCUCCUGUAGGAGUUAUCCAAGAUUGGUACCCGAUCAACACGUCAAAAUACAACGAGCUGCAAGAGCUCAACCUAAACAAGUCUCGGCUCCACAUCCCAUUUAUGCAUAUCGGUGAAUGUCUUCAUGGAGUGGGAUCUUUCAAACAGUCCAUGUUUCCACAAAGCAUCGGGCUAUCAGCAUCUUUCCAUAGCGACCUGGUGUACCGCGUAGGACGAGCCAUCGGUACUGAAGCGAGGUCCAUUGGGAUACACGCGUGCCUUUCACCCGUGCUAGAUCUCGGACUAGACCCGCGCUGGGGCAGACUUCAAGAGGCCUGGGGCGAAGACAAGAUCCUGACCUCGAUCAUGGGCGUGGCAUACUCAUCAGGAUUAUCAAAAAAUGGUUCAUGGUCCGACACGGAUGCUGUUGCUCCCGUUAUAAAGCAUUUCGCCGCCCACGGCUCGCCACAAGCGGGACAUAAUGCAGCACCAUUCAUCGGACAGGGCACCCGUCAGAUGCUUCAAGACUUAGUUUUGCCCUUCAAGUCGGCGAUACAGCUGGGAUAUGCGAGGGGCAUCAUGAUGGCGUAUAAUGAGUUCGACGGCCUGCCCGCCGCCAUCAAUCCACUUCUCUACGAGUUGCUGCAUGAAUGGGGAUUUGACGGUUUCGUCAUAGCAGACGACUUGGGAAUGGAGGAGUUACAAACGUGGCAUAAAGUGGCAGAAACGCCCAAAGAUGCUAUCAAGCAGUGGUUCAAUGCAGGUGGGAUGAUUCAGUACUACGACUACCCAUUGGAAACCUUUCUCAACGAAACAGUCGCGUUGGUAGACGAAGGCGAGGUUUCCUUGAACACCCUUCAGGCCCAUGUUCGAAGAAUCUUAAGUCUCAAAUGGGACCUCGGGCUUUUCAACGAACCCUUUGUGCCGUCUACCGUUGAGCCCCUAGAAAUUGUGGCGAGUCAUCGGGACUUGGCUUUAGAAGCAGCGCACAAAAGCAUUGUCUUACUGCGCAAUGAAAAUGACACACUGCCGAUCGAUCCAGAGAUCCAGAAGAUCAGAAAGAUCGCGCUCAUUGGUCCUUUCAUUGAUGAGGUAAACUACGGGGGCUACUCGGGACAAUGGGGCCAGUAUCCAAUCGGCAAUGCGUCCACUUUACGGCAGGCUGUACUACAACACAUCGAGAAUGGGAAGCUGGACGUCACAAUUGAGUCGGGUUGGGGAGCAAAUUCAUGGGAGUAUAAUGCGCAAUACGCCAUCCCACCUUAUCUGCUUUCCGUCAACGGAGCCCCUGGCGGCCUGCUGGCGACUUACUACGCAUAUCCGAACUUUACAGAGCCCUUGGCCCCAAUCGUCGAGACACCAGUUCUGGAUUGGGGAUUAUAUCCCCCACCCGGUCUACCGAGCAACAACUUUAGUGCCGUUUGGGAGGGUCAACUUGAGUCCCCUGUCGACACAGAUAGUGUUGAAGGUUGGAUCGGCCUCGCAAUAUCUGCUAACUCCUCCGCAAAAAUAUACAUCGAUAACAACUUGAUAGUCUCAUCAGACUACUCGUCAGAUGGCACCAUCAUCCCCAACAUCAUGUCAUUUCCUUUCAUCGAGAAUAACAGCACCUCCCCUCCAGCCGGAGGCGCGGCCUUCACAUUUACCAAGAGCGUUACCUACAACAUCCGCAUCGAGUUCCAAACCUGGAACAACGCCAAGAAAACAGCCAACGAAGGCUCUCUAAAUUCUCAAAUCCUGCUCUUCUGGAAUCUAGUAGGCUUCCAGGACGACGCCGUCUCAAAAGCAGUAGCCGCCGCAAACUCAUCCGAUCUGAUCCUGCUAUCCCUAGGCGCAGCCUGGAACAGCGAUGGCGAGAACGCCGAUCGAGCAACACUGGGCCUCUCGCCCAACCAAGACGCCCUUGCUCAAGCGGUCUACGCCCUAGGCAAACCCGUCGUCCUCGUCCUCCAGGGCGGCCGUCCCUUCGCCAUACCAGAGUACUACGAACAGUCCGCUGCGGUACUGAACGCCUUCUUCCCCGGACAGUCUGGGGGACAGGCUAUUGCCGAUGUGCUCUUUGGUGACGAGACGCCCGGGGGGAAAAUGCCGGUCACGGUGCCCAGACAUGUGGGGCAGGUGCCAGCCUAUUACAACUACAAGCCGUCGGCGAGGGUUGCAAAGUAUGCUGAUCUGGAUACGAGGCCUUUCUAUCCUUUUGGUUAUGGAUUGUCUUAUACCACAUUUGCGGUCUCGGCUUUCACGACCGCUAAAAGUACCUUCACCGCUGGGGCCGAGAUCGAGUUUUCUGUCAAGGUCAAGAACAAAGGAAAGGUUCGCGGAAGCUAUGUGGCUCAGGUAUAUUUGCUAGGGCGGGUCUCUCAAAUUACGCAGCCGGUGAGACAACUUGUCGCGUUUCAGCGGGUGUACCUGGAUCCGCGGGAGGAAACCACUGUGUUGCUUCAUCUGGAGGUCGACCGUUAUCUGCCCAUAUUGAAUAGGGCUUACAAAUGGAAGUUGGAAAAAGGGAACUACACUUUUGCGCUUCUCGACCACGGCGGAGAUGAUGCAGACACGGGUCUCAAUGUUACCUUGACCAGUGUUUAACCAAUUGCGUCCUCGAAGGUAGGUUUGCAUGAUCCAGAGUUCAUGCAGAUGUCCCAUUGUACUUAUACAAGAUAUUGCUUCAACCCCAAGCUGCCUA